AUGUGUGUCUGGGUCUACGUCACCUACGCCUGCUUCGACGAAAAAACCGGCCACGGUGAAGUCGGCCUCGUCCGCCACAGGACAUGCAAAGACUUUAACCGCACGCUACAGCCCUGCGGCGUCCCGAUAAUUCCUCCAAUUCCGUGCAUCAAGCUCUGUGUUACCGGCAUCAUAGCUGGUAACACAGUAAAAGAUGCCCCAGCUGCUCCGAUCUUACAGCGUGGUCCAGCACAAAACAACACACCAAACUGUGUCGACCCCAAGCGCUUUAUUACUGUAUCGACCUUAACUGGACCGAUCAUUGGUCAUGUUGCUCCCAACACAUCAUGUGUUGUCGAGUAUCUGGGCAUUCCCUAUGCCAAGCCCCCGGUUGGCCAGUUAAGAUUUGCUCCUCCUGUGCCUCUUCAUCACAGGAAAAUCGCAUAUGUCGCGUCCAAUUUCGGAUAUGACUGUCCCCUUACUCCUUCUAGUCCAGUUGACUAUCCGGGGUAUACUCCUCAAGCCCCGCGCAUCAUCCGUUACUAUACCUCGGGGGCAGGAAACCCUCAGAGUGAGGACUGCCUGACGCUGAAUAUCUGGUCCAAGUCUACCCCAAAGAGCGUAGCGAAGAAAAAACCGGUAAUUGUCUUCUUUUAUGGAGGCCGCUUCACAACCGGCAAUACCAACACGCCGAUGUAUAAUGGCAAACACCUUGCAGAUGCUGAGGACGUAAUUGUGGUGACUGUCAAUUACCGAAUCAAUAUUUUUGGUUUUCCUGGUGCCCCUGGAACGCUGCCAAAUCUCGGCCUUCGCGACCAACGUGCUGCUGUUGAAUGGCUUCGCCAGAAUAUUGCCAACUUUGGCGGCGAUAUCAACCGCAUCAUCCUCACCGGACAAUCCGCUGGCGGUGUGGCCGUUGACUACUGGGCCUAUACAUACAAGAAUAGCCCCAUUGCUGCGGGUUUGAUCAUGUCCUCUGGAAAUUCAUGGAGCUUCCCAGUCAUUUCCAAGGAAACAGCUACAAACAACUGGAACGCUGUCGUCAACGCUCUGGGAUGCAAUUCGACUGACACCGAGCAAACCCUGACUUGCAUGCGCUCCCAGCCCUGGACAGCCAUCAAAGACGCCGCAGCAACAAUCAGACCGCGCCCAAGCAGCAGUGUUCUCCGCUCAGUUCCUCCCUUCUACCCAACACCCGAUGGCGAAAUUGUCUUUGCCAACUACACGUCCCUCACGGAACGCUGCGAGUUUGCCAGGCUCCCUAUCCUGAUUGGUUCCAACGCCAACGAAGCUGGAUUCUACCGCAUCUCCCUCUACGGUAACACUGGAACACAGCCGACUCAAGAGCAAGUCAAUUCGUUUCACCUGGAGUCCUUCACCUGUCCUGCUGCCUACCAAGCCUCCGCUCGACGUGGCUGCGGGGUGCCAGCUUGGGUGUACCGCUACAAUGCAGACUGGCCAAACACAAGGUUGUACGAGGGAUCGGGGGCUUAUCACGGCGUGGACCUGCACAUGAUCUUCGGAGCUUCGGAAGAUACCAGUGGGCUGCCAACGACGAGAGAGCAAAGGGAAUUGACGAAGUUGAUGCAGCGGGCAUGGGCUACGUUUGCGGCGGAUCCGUGGGAGGGGUUGAGGAGAGAGUUUCGGUGGCCGAAGUGGGAAGGCAGAGGAGAAACGAAUGUGGUGAUUGAGCUGGGUAAGGGGAAUCAGCCCAGGGUUGAGUACGGAGGGGGGGAUCAAUACGGGGUGUCAUGCGAAAAUGUCACGCUGGGAGCGUUGGGAACAUCUGCGUGA